AUCUCAAAGCUUUUGAAAGAAGACUUACUGAAUAUAUUGCAUGUUUGCAGCCAGCUACAGGACGGUGGAGAAUGAUUCUGAUAGUGGUAUCAGUCUGCACAGCAACUGGUGCUUGGAACUGGUUAAUAGACCCGGAGACACAAAAGGUGUCAUUUUUCACAUCACUUUGGAACCACCCAUUUUUCACAAUUAGCUGUAUUACCUUAAUAGGCUUGUUUUUUGCUGGAAUACAUAAAAGAGUGGUGGCACCAUCAAUUAUAGCAGCCCGAUGUCGAACUGUUUUGGCAGAGUAUAAUAUGUCCUGUGAUGAUACUGGAAAAUUAAUUUUGAAACCUAGGCCUCAUGUUCAAUAAGGGCUGUCUUCCUUCAGUUUUUUCCACUGCCAUGGAAACCAAAAAUGACCUUUUUUAAGGUAGUAUGACAGCAAACAAACAAACAGGACUGGUUGUCACUGCCUGGGAAUGAAAGUCUUACACAGUUGACAGUGAAAGUGUGCAAUAUUACUUUCUUGAAUAUUUAUCCAAAUUCUUUGUUACCAUAUUAUCAGUGCUUUUGCUACUUCUGAUUACCUCUUUUUCAGUAUUAGUGUCACUUUUUUACUUCGGCUAGAACAGAACAUACAGGUGACAUAUGUUAAUCGGUGAUGAAGUUGAACUUGAAAAUCAAACCUCAUUUGUGUUACGUGUCUUUGUAAGCUGUUGUAAAUAGCAGAUCCAUGUCAAUGUUGAGGAAACGUACUAUUUGCUAUAUGGGGUUUUUUUUGUUGUUGCAGUUCUCAUGAACAGUAUUGAAAAGAAUGCUUACCAUUCCCGUGAUGUUUUAUUGGCACACUUACUCAUUACAGCUGUCCUUGUCUCCUGGUCGCUCUUGUUGGAACUGGUUAAAAGGCCUGGAGAGAGACUCUCUGUGCUGGAGGAAACUGGCCUUACGGUUUAAGGACUUUGCAAAUGUACUGAGGAUCACAUUUGUCAGAUUGUAUAUAUAGUGCACCAGCCACUUUCAUCGUGGUCAUACGUAGCUCCUCGUUUGAUCUGGUUCACAACACUGCUAUUUUAAGAUUUUAAUAUUUUAAAAAAUUGUCUUAAAUAUGCUUGUAUCUUUCCGAUUGUAAAGUUGUACCGUAUCUGAAGUCCACAUGGCCAUUCUGCGUGGAUUCUUAUGCUCUGAUAGUCUGGAUGUGAAACUAAUAUUGCAGAUGUGUAACUUGAGGUUUGUUGAAGAAAAUAUAGAGUGCCACAAUAAAAUUAACCAAGUUUGUUAUUCAGAGUGUUAAAAACAAGGUGUGGAUGUUAUAUGCAUAUAAAGCGAAACUUUUGAAGAGCUAAAAUUGUAGAGAGUUUUAAGAGUUUAAGUUGUUCAAGGUGCCUUUUUAAUUGUUUCAAACUCUUUUAAUUGACUGAAACUGCGAAGCUGUUGCAACUUCAGUAGCUCCUACUACACGGUAGCCAGGCUUUCAGACGCAGCCUAUGGAUGUAACUUUGUCAGUUGAGGCAUUAAGAAUUGUCUCCUGUAACUCUUCCAGUAAGUCUUCUGCCCACCCGUUAUUUUUAACUGCUGUAUAUUUUGUAGGUAAAUGUAUAUAAAAUAAAUUCUUUCUAUAAACAG